GUCUCCUCCACCGCCCCAUAACGCCUGAGAGGCUUCUCGGCUUCCAGAUGAACAGACAGAGAUUGCUUUAACUCCAUUGCUGUUCCCCGCGGGCAGGUCCAGGGGUCUGGUUCACUCCAUCCCUGCUGAAGGCUGCGGGGAGGAAGGCAGCUCAGAUCGGCAGUGUUUUAAUGGGCCCGGCGUUGCUGAGGAAGCUGCUCCAUCUCUUCAAUCUCCAGCACCUGAAAGCUCCCAACUGCCUCAAAAACCAAGAGAUGCCUAAGGAUCAGCAUGAGGUGGUUGUAAUGGGGACACCCCACACCUCAACUUCUUCGACAACCACCAUAAUCACCAUGCCUGAGAUCUCCAAGCCUGAUUAUGUGGUCUGGUCUCUGUUCAAUACACUCUUCAUGAACUUCUGCUGCCUGGGUUUCAUAGCCUAUGCCUACUCUGUGAAGUCUAGGGACAGGAAGAUGGUGGGUGAUAUGACUGGGGCCCAGGCCUUCGCCUCCACUGCCAGGUGCCUGAACAUCAGCUGCCUGAUCCUCUCCGUCGUCAUGGUCAUCCUCUUCAUCACUUUCUUUGCCACUAGAAGCUUCUACCCCCGGCUUCCUUGAAGCAGGCUGAUUCAGACUUGACCAUGCUGCCACUGAGAAUGAGACCACCUGGGGUGGAGCCUUCCAACCUAGAUGGCUCUAUUGUUCUAUCACCUGCCACUGCUCUUCUCCAAGACACUGCUACCUGCUGAGAGGCCCCUGAGCUAUUCCAGAGAAAGCAUCUGGCAGAUCCACCUACAGGCUGGCAGCAGGCAUCAAGAAUGGAUUGGUGGGGGAUGGGCCUUCCCCCUUUAUAAGCACAGACUCUUAGUAAACUUUGGGCCUUGAUC